CAAGCACUUGUGUUUUAAACGCCUUUAUUUCCUGGUAUAAUUUUUCAAAUGAACUUUCGUUUUAUUAUUGUGGAAUAGCAUCAGAUAAAAACACAAAAUGGCCUUCUCUGCAUCGAUCGGGAACAGCCCUGACUCAACUGUUCAGCCAAGCACGAAUUUGGAACUCGAAAAGGAACAUUUUGAUUAUGACCCAGAAGUAACUGAUUUCACUUUGAUCGUUGAAAAUCAAAAGUUACAUGUGGCAAAAGUUGUCUUAAUCGACGCAUCACCUGUAUUUAGGAAAAUGUUAACAGGGGAAUUUAAGGAGAAAAACAUGACAGAGCUAGAACUUCCGGGGAAAAAGUUUUCCAACUUUGAACUGUUUCUGCGGUGUAUUUUUCCAAGAGAGUACACACUAACAGAGACUUGCAUUGACGAAAUUCUUCCACUAGCUGAUGAGUAUGAUGUAAAAUGUGUUCUCAAGAAGUGUGAAAACUGGCUACUUACGGAGCUUGAGUUUAAAAAUGCCAAGGUUUCUCCACACUACCAAGGUGUAGAGGGCGACGUGAGAUAUCUGAUGAAAUGUCUUUGUUAUGGCGAGAAAUAUUCUCCCAGGCAAAUUGAUUUUCCUGGGAGAAAAUUUUAUAUCAGGCCAACCUGGGAUCCCGCUUCCUACAGAUAG